AUGGCAGCCGCUACGACAGCAGUGUCGAAGGACGGACUCGACCUUCCGUUAAUCGAUUUCUCGCGGUAUCUACAUGGAAACGAUGAGGAGAAAUUGGAGGUUGCGAAGGCUAUGUUGCAUGGGUUUACACACUCGGGGUUCGUGUAUAUCAAGAACUACGAUAUAUCAAACGAAACUGUAGCCCACGUUUUCGCAAACUCCGCCAAAUUUUUCGCCAGACCUGAAGACCAAAAGAACCAAUUGGCAUGGACAACCCCACAAGCCAACCGCGGUUACGCCGCACCAGGCCGCGAAAAGACCUCCCUCCUUACGGAAGCCGAUAAAGUCGAAUCCAUGAUCAAAGAAUCCCCGGAUCUCAAAGAAACCUUCGAAAUUGGUCGCGAAGGCGUCGAGGGUCUUCCCAAUAACUGGCCCGAACAUAUGGACUCCGAUGGGGCGGAAUUUACAAACGCGAUGAAGGGGUUCUUCCUUACAUGUAAAGAUUUACAUAUGAAGGUUAUGAGAAGCAUCGCCCUGGGGAUGGGGAUUGAUGAAUACUUUUUCGAUCAGUAUACUGAUGGUGGGGAUAAUAACUUGAGGUUAUUGCAUUAUCCGAAACAACAUAAGAGUGUGUUCAAGGCCGGGAAGAAUGUGGUCAGAACGGGGAGGCAUACGGAUUAUGGAUCUAUUACUUUAUUAUUUCAAGACGGGAAGAAUGGUGGGUUGCAGGUUCGUAGUCCGCAGGGGACGUAUGUUGAUGCGCCGCCUAUUCCGGGAACUAUCGUCAUCAAUAGCGGGGAUCUUCUGGCUCGUUGGUCCAACGAUACCAUCAAAUCAACCGAGCAUCAAGUCGUUGAGCCUCCGCAUGCUGAGGACGAGGGGGUCGAGGAAUACCCGCCGCGUUAUUCGAUAGCCUACUUUUGCAAUCCAAACUUUGAUAAGUUCAUCGAGGCUAUUCCUGGGACAUAUGCUGAGGGCAAGUCCGCUGAAGAAGGGGGAAAGAAGUAUCCUGGCAUCAAUAGCGGAGAGUAUUUGGUCCAGCGAUUAGCUGCCACAUUCAAGGGCGUUCCACGAUACUAA